ACGACUCUCGGCGCUGGAAUCGGCAGACGACGCGUAGGAAGAAAGCAGCAGACGACGCGGGUGGCGCCUGUGGCACUUUCGCCACAUAUAGCGAACAAUGCUCGUUUCGUCCGCAAACACUGGCCGUCCGGGCAAUGGCGGCUGCUCUUAGACAUGUGUGUGCGGAGGUCAGCGAUGCAAUCAUCCGUUAAUUUGCCGCCUAGAUUAAUUGUAGCAGUGUGACUCCUGACAUUCACGACUAGCUUUGAAUCUGAAACGCACAGUAUAUCAUGAGUGAACACUCUUUAGUUAACUAGCCACGACUCAACGAUGAUUCUACGCCCGUGUGCCUCGAUCGCAGGCACACUCCUGUCGGCGGGCAAUGCUGCAUGCUCGUCCCUCGCGUUGCUAACGACGAGGCAGCACUGCCUACACAGCGCUGUCCGUAUUCGACAUUUGUCGACGUCCCGAGCGCGGCUGUUCUUCGGCCGGCGAAAGCCUCCGCCGCCUUCGGAGGCGGCGAUAGCGCUGCGCGAGAGCCUGUUCAAGAGCGAAGAUCAGCGAAACCGCGAGGGCUUCAUCGAGGUCAUCGAACGGUUCAAGUUGGGAAACGAGAACCGGCGGGGACACGUCGAGUUCAUCAACGUGGCCACGCGGUUCGUUACCGAGUUCAACGUCGAGAAGGACCUAGAAAUGUACAAGAUGCUGUUCGACCUGUUCCCCAAGGGGAAGUACACGCCGCGAUCUAUGGUGCAGGCAGAGUUCUUCCACUUUCCCUAUCACCAGCACUGCGGGGUGCGCCUGCUCGACACCAUGGAGUCGCACGGUGUGAUACCAGACCGCGAAAUGCGGCAGAUGGUGCUGGACACGUUUGGCUUCUACAGCGAGGUGUUCAAGAAGCUAGCGCGUAUGAUGUACUGGAUGCCCAAGUUCAAGCACAUGAGCCCCUACCCUUUGCCCAACCCAGUGCCUCGGGAUCCCUUCGAGCUGGCUCAGCUGGCCAUCAAGCGCAUGUGCGUCGACAUCCAGACCAACGUGACCGUCCACAAAGCAAAAGAAGAGGUGCUAGACGCAGUGGACGACACGUGGAUUGUGAGUGGCCAGUCACCACAGCAGCAGGAACUGAUUGAUGAACAUCCAACGGACAAGCCGAUUCGGAUUGAAGGUCCUUUCUCCAUAUACCUCCGCAGCAGCUCCAUCUCCUACUUUCUGUUGCGAGCCGAGCCGGUGCCACUCCGGGUUGUCGAGAUAGACUCUGAUGAUGUGUCCAACAUCCCCAUCACUGUCCUUGGGGAGAAGCCGACCUCAGAUCUGGUGAAGCCUUCCACUGUUCACGAACAGACGGAUGGUAUCAUCCUCGCCAUGGCUGCGACUGGUACUUCCACCAGGGACUCUCUGCUGUCCUGGCUCAGGAUAUUGCAGGUUCACAACCCCAAACUCAAAGAGAUCCCGGUGGUUUUCACGUUGAGGGCGCCUAGCAAGUCACUGGUGACGGCGAAUCAUCCGCGGGAAGAAUUUGAAGGCAUCGCCGAGGACGAAAGCUCAGCAGACGACAAAGGUGAAACCAGUGCCGAAGCAGGUUCAAGAGUGUCUGCUGAAUCGGCACAAAAUUGUGAAGCUGGUGGACCUGCCGAGACUUCGAAGACAUCAUGACAGCAUUGCUGAGUGUAGUGUACAUAAGGGACGGUAAUAAAUUAGCUUGUUGA